UUGUUCUAUGGUGCAAAUCCUCAAGGAAGAAGCAGACUGGCGGCGUUCUAACAGCCCUAAAAUUCGGAGUAGAGAAGUAACCCAAAUUCUAGUGUGAAAAUUAGAACAAUGAUUGAAUCAGACAUUUUUGGGCCAAAAGAUUUGUUGAAUUUUGUACAAACAUGUGCCAUCAAUGCAUUAAUCUCUUGCAGCCGACCACUGCAUGGGUUUCGAUUUUUUUCAACAUUGUAGCUCACCCACUGAUACACGUGUUGGCUUAAACCCGCCUUUAAUCUCCACACAACUCUCCUUCCUUUUCAAUUUCUUGAAUCCAACCCCUUUCGAUUUCACAUAAAUAAGCCAUCAACCCUCAUCCCAAAUGACAUAUUCACAAUGGGUUUUGUUCUAUACUCCGUUUGGGCAUUGUUUUUCCUUAUUUUUUCAGAAAUUUUUGGUUCCUCCUUGGCCGGAAGAAUUCGAUUGGGUUCGAGGUUGUUGGCUAGUGAGAAUAACGAAGCAUGGGUUUCUGAUAAUGGAACAUUUGCAUUUGGCUUCAGCCCUAUUGAUGCAAAAUCUGAUCAAUUUCAAUUGGGAAUAUGGUUUGUUCAACUUCCCGGAGAUCGAACCCUUGUCUGGUCGGCUGAGAUAAAUUCUCCAGUCAGCAAAAAUGCAAUCUUGGAGUUCGAAACCAGCGGAAGUCUCGUGCUUGUUGAUAGAGACACAACUGUCUGGACAUCAAAUACGUCGAACUCAGGUGUAGAAACAGCUGUCAUGUCGGAAAACGGCAACUUUAUUCUAUAUGGCACUGAUCAACGCAUUGCAUGGGAAAGCUUUUCGCAUCCAUCAGAUACUCUCCUACCCGGACAACCUUUGACAGUUUCUCUGGAGCUCAAAUCUUCGGAACCGCCUUCACAUGGUGGUUACUAUGCACUGAAAAUGUUACAGCAGCGCACUUCACUAAGUCUUGCACUGACCUACAAUUUGCCAGAGUCCUACAAUACAUCACCUGAUUCUUAUACGAACUUAUCCUACUGGUCGGGACCUGAGAUAUCAAACUUUACUGGGGAUGUUAUAGCAGUUUUGGAUGAAGAAGGAAGUUUCGGAAUUAUUUAUAGCUCUUCAUUGGAUGGAGAGGUGUACGUGUACAAGAAUGAUAAUGAUAACGGAGGAUUAUCCUCGGCAACAAGUCAAUCAGGACGGCCAUCAGUUCUUCGAAGGUUAGCCCUUGAGGCUAAUGGAAAUUUACGUUUGUAUAGAUGGGACAAUGAUGUUAAUGGAUCACGCCAGUGGGUUCCCGAGUGGGCAGCUGUUUCUAAACCGUGUGAUAUUGCUGGUAUUUGCGGAAAUGGGAUAUGCAAUCUCGAUCGAAGCAAGACCAAUGCAUCUUGCACGUGCUUGCCGGGAACAUCAAAGCGUGGAAAUGAUGGCGAGUGCUUGGGAAAUUCAUCUGUGUCUGGGAAAUGUGGUCAACAUCAUGAAAAUUUAACAUCCCAGUUUAAGAUUGAAGCAAUUCAACAAACCAAUUACUACUUUGCAGAAUCAUCGGUAAUUGCGAAUUAUAGCGAUAUAGAGACUGUGUCUAAAUGCGGGGAUGCCUGCUUAUCAGACUGCGAAUGUGUCGCUUCAAUCUAUGGCCUUAAUGAGGAAGAGGCAUAUUGCUGGGUUUUGAGGAGUUUAGAGUAUGGAGGGUACGAGGAUGCGGGCUCAACUUUAUUUGUGAAGGUAGAAUCGAAUGGCUCUUCGACUAUGAAGGAUGAUACAAGAUCAGUGAUUGAACGGAAAAAGGUUUUGGUGGUUCCUAUUGUUUUAAGCAUGUUAUUUCUGAUAGGCCUCCUCUGCUGCUUAUUAUAUAUCUAUGUUCACAAAAGGAGAUCCUUGAAAAGAACCCUUGAGAAUUCCUUAAUUAUAUCAGGAGCUCCAAUUAGUUUCAGCUACCGGGAUUUACAGUAUAGGACUAGUAACUUUUCCCACAUAUUAGGAACAGGUGGAUUUGGCAGUGUAUACAAAGGAAGCCUAGGUGAUGCAACCUUAAUUGCAGUAAAGAAACUUGACAGGAUUUUACCCCAUGGGGAGAAGGAAUUUAUUACUGAGGUGAACACAAUUGGCUCAAUGCAUCACCUGAACUUGGUUCGGCUAUGUGGAUACUGUUCAGAGGGCUCACAACGGCUCCUCGUUUAUGAGUUCAUGAAGAAUGGGUCGUUGGACAAAUGGAUAUUUCCUUCACAUAAUUCUCGAGAAAGACUACUGGAUUGGCCAACCCGUUUCCUUGUUGCUCUUGGCACAGCACAAGGGAUAGCAUAUUUUCACGAGCAAUGUCGUGACAGGAUUAUACAUUGUGACAUCAAACCGGAAAAUAUUCUUUUGGACGAGAAUUUCUGCCCAAAAGUAUCAGAUUUUGGACUAGCUAAAAUGAUGGGACGAGAGCACUCUCAUGUUGUGACAAUGGUACGAGGGACGAGAGGUUACUUAGCCCCAGAAUGGGUCAGCAACCGCCCGAUUACAGUAAAAGCUGAUGUUUACAGCUAUGGGAUGCUUCUUCUUGAGAUAAUUGGUGGCCGGAGAAAUCUAGAUAUGACAUAUGAUGCAGAGAGCUUUUUUUAUCCUGGAUGGGCAUUCAAGGAGUUGGCAAAUGGAGCACCAACAAAAGCUGCAGAUAGACGUCUCGAAGGAGCAGUCAACGAAGAAGAACUCAUAAGAGCUUUAAAAACUGCCUUUUGGUGCAUUCAAGACGAGAUUUCCAUGAGGCCAACAAUGGGAGAUGUCGUGAAGAUGUUAGAAGGAUCGUUUGACAUUAAUAUGCCAUCGAUGCCACAGACGGUUCUCGAGUUAAUUGAAGAAGGCCUAGACCAUGUCUACAAAGCCAUGAAGAGAGAUUUCAAUCAAUUCAGCUCCUUCACCAUCACCACUCAUCCAUCAUCUCUUGCAACAUGUAGUUAUUCAACAAUGUCACCAAGAUAAUUUGCCAAUUAGGAAAAAGAUUUGAGAUUAGAAAAUUUGUAUUUUUAUUUGUAUUUUUUCAUGUUCUAAGUAGCUGUCCUGAGAGAAGGAAAUUUGAUUUGAUUUGAUUUUGACUCCAUAUAUUUAGUCUCAUGCAGGUGAAUGUAAAUUUUAUUAUGUCAAUGGCAGUUGGACCUCAUGCAAUUAUUGAACUAUUUCAUCUAAAGACAUGAAAAUGUUAUCAGAA